AUGUCGGGCGACUCUUCGGGCCCACCACCUGGCUUCGGGCCGGACGAUGCGGGCUCACAAGAGCCACCAGCGGCGCCUCCUCCACCGAGUUUCGGGGCAGGCGACCGACAGUCUUCGAGCGGUGACCGCCCAGCUGGCGGCCUUUCCAGUGAUCCUGUACAAGACAGGCGAGUUCUUCAAGGAGCCCCUGAUGUGCCGGGGCAAGCAGAGCAGGAUGGACCUGCACGCCGUGAUGAGCAAACCUAUGACCCCUCACGUCAUGGAUGGAACUCCGGAGCAAACUACGAGCAGCCGUAUGACUCCACUCACCAUGAGUGGAAUGCGGGAGCGGCUGCAGAUCGAGUGUGGGGCGAUGGGCGAGCUCACCGUGGCGAUUGGAGCGAUCGCGUGGAUGCCUCAGCUGGCUACGGCAGACGCAGCAGCUGGGAGACGACGACUGUGAACGCUUCUGGCGAUGGCUGGACCAGAAGACUACGUGAAGAGGACCCAUGGGUGAGUGGGGGAAGUUCUGGGGUCACGGAGGGCGAGACGGCCACGAGCGAAGGGAUCGAGGGCGUGAUUCUGGAGGCUUUCGAGGCGGUCCCUGGGCAGAUGGUUUACGCGAUUCCGGAUACCAUGGUCGUCUCUGGCCCUGGAUCAGAACCAGGCUCCUGGCAGGAUGGCCGCAGCUAUGAUGCGCACACGGACUGGGGUGCACAAGGCGGACAUGGUGGCUGGCGAGACUCCGAUGAUGGCUACAAGGGGUCACGACCGACUGAGAAGAUGACAGUCCCCACCUUCUCGGCAGAGGACAAUGACGACCUCGGCAACUCGGCGCGCUCUUACCUGAGGCAGAUAGAGGUCUGGAAGCGCAUCACCCGGGUCCCGGUGAACCAGCUCGGCUUGGUCCUCUACCAGCACCUCAGUGGCAAGGCAUGGAUCGCUGCAGAGGAGCUUUCGGUUUCAAAGUUGAGUACUUCGGAAGGGCUCGGGUACUUUACGUCUUGGGUGUCAGCGAGAUUCCUGGACUUGGAAGUUGCUCGAAUAGGGCGUGCCUUUUCCGACUUCUUCAGAAAACUCCGUCGCAAACCCUCGCAAACCAUCAGGGAGUACAACACCGAGUACGACAGACUGCAUGGAAGGUUGCGAGAGGUCGGCUGCUCUCUUCCUGAGGAGUGUGCGGCGUGGUUAUACCUGGACCGCUUGCAGCUUGAAGAGUCUCAGGAGUUGAACCUUUUAGCGAGCGUUGGAAACAGGUACAGUCUUCAUCACCUACAGCAUGCUGCAGUACUUCAUGACCGAGGUCAGCGCAAGCCCUGGGAAGGAGCGACCGGGAAGGGGCGAAGGACAAACUACGCCCACAUGACAAACCACGACUCCAGUGAUGAAGAUGAGGACGGCGAGAACUACGAGGACGGAAUCCCGGAGGAAGUCGCGGAAGCGCUGAUGACCUACCAGUCGGCAAAGGAGAAGUACCGUGCACAACAGCGCUCCCGAGGCACCGUCGACGGCAACAAGAAUGGGAAGGACGAGACCAGCGGGGGCGACAGUCGCCCCAACGCCGGGGACCGGGACUCCAAGCUCAAGGCUAUGAAAGCCCGCUCGUUCUGCGGAGGCUGUGGCAGGAAAGGGCAUUGGCACAAGGACGACGCCUGUCCCCUUAACCGGAAUGGAGGCGCCAAAGCCGACGUCCCAAAGAACGUGGCCAUGACGAAUGCGAUGCCCGCCGACGUCUACGCGCUGAAGCACGUAUCCGACAACCUCAUGGGCGUGGCCGAUACCGCGUGUGCCCGCACGGUGGCGGGGACGCAGUGGCUCCAGUCCUACACCAACAUCCUCGCCGAGAUUGGGGAGAAGCCGCUGCUGAAGAAGGAAUGCGAGGCCGGGAGAGUUCACUACUCUUCCUUCUAUGUCAUCGUGGGCUUCAAGCUUGGUGGCUACAACAUCCACGUGAGGACUUCGAUCAUCACCGGGGACAUCCCGUUGCUCCUCAGCAAGACGGUGCUUGGGAAGCUGGGCAUGAUUUAUGAUGUUCAGCAGGGCAAGGCCGAUUUCCGGGCCAUAGGACUUCGUGACUACGAGCUUGCUUCUACGGCUUCCGGCCAUCCGGCCAUUCUGAUUUGCCCGAUUUGCCCGGUCGGUUUGUCUGCAGGCGAAACGCCGGAUCUACAGGUUGAAGACUUGCGACUGCAGCAGAUUGGGCAAUACAUGGAGGUUUAUGCUGUAGCUCAUUGUGGUCCCCAGCCCCCAAAGUACUCCGGCAUGUUCUAUGAGAAGAAACUUGACCCUGGAACCCGUGACAUGUUGAGUGGUGAUCGCUUGUCCCUUGCAGUGUUCCAAUCAUGGUGGGAGAAGUCGUGUAUUGAUCGAGACUUUUGGGUUGAGACACCGUCCACCUGGGUGAGAGUGCACAUGGCCAAGCUGAUCAACAUGUGUUCCCGCUGCUCUGGGUCGGCAGAACUGUGUUCGACAAGUUGCCAUCCCCUGGCCCUCCUCACUGCGACCCUCGCGGCUCCAAUGGAAGCUCAGCCAUGCUCCGAGAAGAGCGUGCCGUUGAGCCAGAUGACGAAAGCCCAGUUGAUCUCAGAGGCGCUCAGAGUGGGCGCCACGGUGCACCACACAUGGUCCGUCCAAGAACUCAGAGCCACGAUCAGGGAGCACAUCGACACCUACACGGAGAAGACGGCGAGCCAGCGGAUGCGAGGACUGAGCUCGAUGACGAUGCCCGAGCUGACCAAGAAGGCGACCGAGAUGGGAGUGCAUGUGCCCGAGAAGAUUACGAAGGGAGCGCUGCUGAAGCUGAUCCGCGACAUGGUCAGCAGCCCCGGGGACACCAUCAUGACGAUCGGACGGUGGAAAGGAAGUGGCGAGGUCUUCGAACAGCCGGAGCUCGUGAUGUAUGCGAGGUGGUGGAGCGAGCAGCAGAAGAACAAAGCGGGCCGCGCGAAGAUCCCGGUGGAGGACGAGGACUACGAGGGCACGAUCAGUUCCCGCAGGAGUCCGACCCCGACGAAAACUUCGUGGGAGGAGAUCUCAGUCACCCCCUCCAAGGGGUACCGCCAACCAAGUGGGAAGGGGAACACGAAGACGACCCCAAAGCGGAUGAGUCCCGAGCUGCAGGAGAAGACGGAAGGGAAGAUGGACUCGCAGGCGGACGCAGCUGUGUUGCAGGAGAUCGCCGACCUGGAGACGAAGUUGGCGAUCCUGAAGGACAAGUCUGAGUAUGUGAGGGGGAUCAAAUACGAUUGCGUAACCUACGGCUUGUUCACCCAUGGUGGAGUGCACGGGUUGACGAGAGCUACUAAAGACGACGAUGCCUUGGUGAGGUUCCUCAACCACUUCGGCCGAGAACACCUUGGAGAUGAAACUAAGUGGACAUCUAUUUCGGUGACCAAGAACGUGGCCAUCGGGAUUCACAAGGACUCCAACAACCUCCGUGGCUCCCUCAACUACUGCACGACGGUCGGGCAACAAAGUGGAGGUGAUCUGUGGCUGGAGGCCGACAUCGACGAGGCCCAAGCCCGAGGAGGAGAUGUUGUGUGGAAAAGAGACAAAGGUGGAUGGCUGCCAGGCCGCUACCACCGCACCAAAGAGACCUUCUUUGCCUUCGACCCCUUCAAGAAGCACUGCUCGACUACGUGGGAGGGGACACGAUGGUGUAUAACUUAUCACACCGUGAGGGGGAUCACCGAGGUUGGCAGCGAGAUCAAGAAGUUCCUCCGCGCCACCGGUUUUCCAGUUGCUCACCACAAGAACUACAAGAAGGAAUCCGUAAGCAAACCCCCGCCCAAGAAGAGCGUCAGGAACAACAUCAUGAACUCUGCCGGGAAGUUGAGUGUUCUCAUGGCAACAUUGUUGGCCGCUACGGGGACCUACCUCAACGAGAUGAUUGGACCCCCUGCCGACUACGACCCCAUCGUGAUGAUGGAGCUCGGCGGGUAUGAGGGCACGAGCGAGGCGGUGGAGAACGCCUACUACUUUGUCACCGGAGCGAGUCCCCGGGAACUACGGAUCCACCUCGACGAGAUGCCGGGACACCGGGCACAUGAACUAGCAAAGGGGUACGAGAACCACUUGAAGUACAAGACCACCGACAAUGAGGACGCAUGGGUCAUCCUCGGGAAGUCCAAGGCUACCAAGCACGCGCAGAUCGCGCGACCCACUGCUUUGCCCAGGCUACUUGACUUCAACGCCUGUGUCGGCGUCGAUAUCUUCUACUGCCACGACAUCAACGACGUGAGGCACGCCUUUCUUGCCAUUGUCGAUUAUUGGGCCACAACCUAUCAGGUCGCGGUGUUGCUUGAAGCCGAGACAGGACCGGAUAUCGAGCGGGCGUUCAACGACCACUGGCUCGGAGUGUUCGGGCCACCCACUACGGUUUCUCUCGACCUCGACGGCAAGGUGCAGGCAGGCCUCGCGCGCUUGUGCGACUGGCACAGUAUCAAGGUGAAGGACGUUGCAGCACAAGCAAAGUGGCAGGGCGGAGUGACUGAGAGACAGAUUGGGUGGUUCAAAGGAAUCUGGGAACGCGUUGUCCAUGAGCUGAGUGUCGGGAGUGAGGAAGCCGCCCUGGCUGCUUCUAUGGUGUGCGCAGCAAAGAACGAUUUGAGGAGGAGAUGUGGACACAGUCCCAGUCAAUGGGUGCUCGGCAGAUCGCCGCGCGUCCCUGAGGAUUUGUGCGAUCCCGACUCCGGUGAGACGGCGACCUGGGACCUCACCAAGGACUCCAAGUUUCAGCGGGCCACGGCUAUGAGAACGAGCGCGAGGAUCGCUUUUCAUCAAGCACAAGGAGACGACCGUCUGCGACGAGGCCUACUACACCGAGCGAGGACCACCAAGGCAGUCUACGAGAUCGGCGACUCGGUGCACUACUGGAACCAGCCUAAGGACAGACGGAGGCCACAUUGGGCAGGACCGGCGGUGGUUGUCGGCAAGCAAGGAGGAAGUUAUUGGGUCUCAAGAGGCGGACGUUGCAGGCUGACGGCCCCCGAACACCUCAGGUGCUCUGGACCAGAGGAAGUCGGCGAGUACCUCACCAUGAAGAAUGUUCAGAGUGAGGUGACCAAGCUGUUGGCCAUGGAUAUCGACGACCCGGACACCUACGCCGAGGAGACCAUCAACGAGGACUACAGGGAGUCCAUCAAGCGGAAGGGCGAUGAAGGUGAUCAUCUUUCCGACUACGAGUACUCCGACUACGAGGGCGACGAGGUGAUCCUUGACCCAGAGGGCGACCACGAGAUGCCCGAUGAACCCCAGGCUAUCGAACAUGUUCUCCCGAGUCGACGGAUGCGUAAGAAAGGGAAGCCACCAAACCCCGAAGAUGCAGAUGAAGUCCUACUUACCAACAAGCCACUGACAAAGAGGGGGCACGCAAAACGUCAAGAAAAGGAGCUGAAGUGGGAAGAAAUUCCCGACCACGCCAAGAACCUCUUCAAGGAAGCCGAGAAGGUCCAGUGGGAAGAGCAUCUUUCCUACGACGCCUUGGAGCCGCUCGACUUGGAGCAGUCCAGCUUGGUCAGACAGACGGUCCCCUCAGACCGUAUCCUACCCUGCCGAUGGGCGUAUCGUGACAAGAACUGGGCCGCCCGGCAGGCUACCACCGCAGCUGGCGAGCAGCCAGCAUGGAGAUGCAAGAGUAGAUUGGUGAUCGGGGGCCAUCGC